CCGCGCAGGUAAUGAAAUAGUUUCCAGUUUACCACUGCAGAUGUCCCUCUAUUUCAACGUUUAUUUUUUCCCAUUUUGGUGGCUCAGCACAGUUGUCAUGCUCCAUCUGAAGUAUCCGGUCUUGUCAGAUUACUACAAGUUCAUCCUGGUCACAAUCAUGAUCCUAGUCUCUCUAAUAGAGGUCAUUCGACUCUACCUGGGAUACAUGGCCAAUCUUCAGGAGAAGGUCCCUGAGCUGGCUGGGUUUUGGCUCCUGAGUCUCCUCCUGCAGUUGCCUAUAAUUCUUUUCUUGCUAUUUAAUGAAGGUCUGAAAAUUCAGCCGCUGGAGCGAGCAGUCCAUAUUGUCUUUGCCCUCUUCCUCACCUUCCAAGUCAUUGCAGCCUUUGUCACCCUGAAAAGAAUGGUAAACAAACUGGCAACUCACUUCCGCCUUAAUGAAUUUGACCAGCUGGAGGAACAUCCUGUGCCUGAUUUUUACAGCCUGGGUAAAGAAGAGAGAGCAGUUUCCAUGGCUGGUAGGGGCCCAUGCUGAGGAGGUUCACCCAACAAGUGCUGGCUGGGGAAUCACACUCUGAGGGCCUGAGAAGCUAACAGAGGCAGGCCUCAUGUUGCUGCAGCUCUGUUUCCAUUUUGUUGGGCCAUUCUUUACCUUCCUACAUCAGAGAUAUUAAGGUCUUGCUUAAGAGCCACCAUUAAACCUCAGGGAUUUGAGCUCCACUCUGCAAGAAAUAAUAAAAAAAAAAAACCAACCACAACCAAAGCCAAUUACGUAAGUGGCUUGAAUGGACUAUUUGUGGACUGUUGCUGCAUAGAGUACCAACAGAGUAGGUUUGGUGGGUUUUACAUUUUACAAAGUCAUGUG